AUGAAACGCAAACAGGCAACACUUGAAUCCAUUUGGAUCAAGAAACCAAAAACUAAUGAACCAACUGAAAAUGAGUCUGUUGCUGCUUUCAGCUCUCCGGUACCUCUGGCACCCUCAGCAACAUCCAGCAAUGACAUUAGUGUGUACGCUAGACAACAUGGUAAAUUUACUGAUGAGGAACGUGACACUCUUCUCUCUACGGACUGGAAACCAUCAGAGAAACACAUGUACAAAAAGACACAAUUCGGCAAAACAAGUCGGACAUUCCAGUCAUCCUGGCUCCAGAAAUAUCCAGGACUUGUGUACAGUGUCGAAGAAGAUGGAGCGUAUUGCGUACAUUGCGUCACAUUUCCAGGGAACAAAAAACGUGGAAAAUUAGUUAGUGAACCAUUUCAAAACUGGAAGAAAGCCAUUGAAGUCUUCGAUGGUCAUUUUUUUCCAGAUGCAAAGAAACACUCCAAAGACGGGGGUACUGGGUAUCAAGCCCACAUUGAUUCGCGCAUAUGUUGUGAGCAGUUUAUGAGUGUGAGAAAAAACAACGCUCCCGUUAAUAAGCAGGUCGAUGCAGCUCUGCAGGCCAGACGGAAGAAGAAUGCUGUGGUUCUUGAGUCUAUCACCAAGACAGUGUUGUUAUGUGCGCGCCAGAACAUAGCCCUCCGUGGGCAUUCUGACAGUUCAAAAUAUUAUGAUGAUGAAUCAGUGAAUUGUGGUAAUUUCCAAUCACUUAUAGAGUUUCGUGUUGAGUCAGGUGAUUCUGUUCUCAAGGAACACUUUGCUACUUGUGGGAAGAAUGCUACCUAUCGCAGUCCUACAAUUCAGAAUGAACUUCUUGACAUUAUGGGACAGACAGUUGAACGCAAGAUAGUGAAUGAAAUAAAAACUGGUGGUAAAUUCUACUGUGUGUCUGCCGAUGAGCCGUGUGUCAGGUUUAUAGACGAGUCUGACAAGAUCCGAGAAGAGUUUCUCCGGUUUGUAGAUGUCAGUCCAGAUACCAGUGGCGAGGCUCUCUCCCAAGCUAUCCUCGACGUGCUAACAGACGUUGGUCUAGACCCUUCCAUGAUGCGGUCACAGUGCUACGAUGGUGCUGGUAACAUGACGGGUAAGACAAAAGGUGUAGGUCCAAGAAUCCAGCAUCAGUACCCCAGAGCUCUUCCGUUUUGGUGCACGGCUCACCAGUUGAACGGCUGUGUAGUACAUGCUUCCAACAGCACACUUGUACGAAACAUGAUGGGAACAGUUGACAGGAUUGCUGUGUUCUUCAACUACUCGCCGAAACGACAGACCUGUCUUGCUGAAUGUCGGGCUGCCAUGGAAGUCACCGAGUCCAAGCGCCAGAAGAUAAAGUCUCUCUGCCGUACACGCUGGGUAGAACGACACGACGCCCUUGAGGUCUUUAUCGACUUUCUACCCGCCAUGGUUGAUGCAAUGUCUCAGUUAAUGGAGAAUGAAACCAAGUCUACAACAUCUGCUGAAAUCUCUGGGUUUUUGAUGGCGAUUACUGGUUUCCAGUUUAUCGCUGUCCUGGUGAUUGUGACCCGCUGUCUCAGCUAUAUAAAACCCCUCACUGUUGCUCUUCAAGGUCGUUCGGUUGAUGUGGUCAAGGCCAUGUCUCAGGUUAGUGUGGUGCAGCAAGCUCUCCAAGAGGUCCGUGACAACAUCGACACCUACCAUAACACCUGGUUCCAAGAAGUUUCAACUAUCGCUGACAAUCUUGGUGUUCAGCCAUCUCAACCCAGACUGUGUGGUCGUCAGACUAAGCGUGACAACAUCGAAGCAGCAACACCCGAAUUGUACUACAAAAGAAACCUAACGAUUCCCUUUGUUGACACUUUUGUGAAUGAAAUGGACACCCGAUUCAGUGAUUUGCAGACUAAGGCAGCCAUGGGAUUGAAGCUUAUACCGGAACAAAUGUGCGCCUCUCCUGUCAGUGCUAGUGACCUUGAAUGGUUCAUUGAUGAUCUCCCUUCCCCUCAGUCCUUGCCUGCUGAGUUGCACUUAUGGCAGGCUAGAUGGAAAGGUGUUACCAACCCACCUACUACCCUUCAGGGGGCUGUUGAACAGUGUGAUUCACAGCUGUACCCCAACAUUUACACGGUCUUGUCUAUCGCAUGUGUGUUCCCUGUCACAUCAUGUGAGUGUGAAAGAAGUAUCAGUGCCCUAGGACUUGUAAAGACAAAACUGAGAUCUUCAAUGGGUCAGGACAGGUUGUCCGCUUUGUGCCUUCUUUCUGUUCAUAGGGACAUUGACAUUAACAUUUGCAAUGUUGUCCGAGAGUUUGCUCGGAAGCAUCCUAGGCGGAUGGAUCUUCCUGACAUCCUGUCUGAGCUGUAGACAUUUGUUGAAUAGUGGUAUAAUCACUUCAGCAUUAGCAUUGUAUUAUUUUGCUGUUAUAAUGAUAUUUUAUUCUUCAUUCAUCAUUGUUGUAUUUGUUGCUUUUAUUAUGUGCAAUUUGCUGAUCAGUUCCCUUUAAAUCUGAUUUGAGGUGAUAAUUUCCUUUAAGCCUUUUUUAUUUUAUGGCCCUUUUUUACACCUUUUCUUUUUAUGGUAGGUUAGGCCCCUUCCUUGGGUCAAGAUCAGCAAUCUUUUACACAGCUUUUAAUUGUGAAUGUAUAGUACUGAUAUUAUAUUUCUGCUUACAUUAUAAUAAUGUGCUAUAAAAAUACUGCUUUGGUUAUGCUUUUAGUGUGUUUUAUUAUUAUAGUAUUACUUAUGUAUGCCAUGUAUUUAUGAUGUGUUGAAAUUUGCUA